GGCUUGAUUCAAAGGGAUUACAAAAGCUUUCGUCUCUUUUCUCUAUCCAUUGAAGACGUCAACGAUAAGCAGCAGCCGCGGCGGGAAGCGGAAGCAGCAGGCGGAGCAGCCAUGGGUAUCGAUCUAGUUGCGGGAGGUAAGUCGAAAAAGACUAAACGCACUGCCCCAAAAUCCGACGAUGUUUAUCUCAAGCUUCUUGUUAAGCUGUACCGGUUUCUUGUGCGGAGGACUGGGAGCCAGUUCAAUGCGGUGAUACUGAAGAGGCUGUUCAUGAGCAAGAUCAAUAAAGCUCCCUUGUCUCUAUCACGCUUGAUUACUUACAUGAAAGGAAAGGAGGACAAGGUUGCUGUAGUUGUAGGGACUGUUACUGAUGAUGUUCGGGCUUAUGAAGUCCCUUCGCUCAAGGUUACUGCACUGAGAUUCACUGAAACAGCUAGAGCUAGGAUUGAGAAGGCUGGUGGAGAAUGCUUGACCUUUGAUCAGCUUGCUCUUAGAGCUCCUCUCGGGCAGAACACAGUGCUGCUUAGGGGUCCAAAGAACUCGCGGGAAGCUGUUAAGCACUUUGGUAGAGCUCCUGGUGUCCCACACAGCCACACGAAGCCUUAUGUUCGGGCAAAGGGAAGGAAGUUUGAGCGAGCAAGGGGGAAAAGAAAGAGCAGAGGUUUCAAGGUUUGAGGAAUUGCGUAUGUUUAGUGCACAAUCAGAAUUUUUUUAGAAGGUUUUCUCGAUCUAAUUUUUUUCAUAUUAGCUUCUUUUUCUUCUUGGAUUUCUUAUUUCAUGCCUGUUUCUCUGACACUCCAACUUAUAGCCAAUUUUGAAUGCUUUUAUUAUCUAUUUUGAGAAAUUAAGCCGCCUUUAGAGGGAUUUCUUCAACAAUCAAUAUUUACAAGGCUAUGCAGGAAAAUGAUGCAAUAUGAAGAUCCCAUUUUUUUCAUUUAA